UUCCCCGCUCCCCCUCGUUGUUAGUAAUUUUGGGACUUUUCAGGGUUUAAGCUCUCCUUGUUCAAUGUUCAAUCCUCCCAUGGAGGGUUUUAGAAAAUUUCAGCUCUAACAUAGUCCCUCUCUUCAACAAUGGCACACUCCCCCUUUUCUCUCCUCUUCCUUAAGCGUCUUCCCUUUUCUUCUAAAACCCCCAUUUCACCUCUUUCUUCCCCCCUCCUAUCUCAUCUCCUCGCAAUCGGAACAUCCAAGCGAUUUGUCACCUCCCAAAUCUCUUCAGCUCCCUCUCCACCUUCAUCUGAUCCCAAACCCAAUUCCCUUUCAGCCCGGAUGAGCUUCAUCUUCGAUCAAAUCGACGCCAUUGAAAAAGAGCGCUCUCAGAAGGACCAAACUCUACAGAGAAUUCGAGCCUGGCGGAAAUCGAAAACCACUCAGAAUCCGCCCCUUGAGAAUCUGAAACCGGAAUCGGCGUUAGGGAGUGGUCAUCUUGGUGAUAAUGUUAAUAAUUCGGAGUCUGCUUUGGGAAUGGACGAAGGAAAUGAGGUGGAAAUUAUGGGGAAGAAGAGGAAUGAAAUUGAAUUGGUGCAUCCAUGGCCGGAGUGGAUUGAGAUGAUGGAAAGGUUAGUUCAUCAGAAUUACUUUGAUCAUAGGAGGAAAGAUGAGGGCAAGAUGGUGGAAGAAUUGGGAUUCAGUGCCUCUGACAUUGCUUUGGAAGAGGACGUUGGGUUGGAUUUGUCCAAGGAUUUUAAGGCAGUUCACACUGCGUGCCUCAAUUUUGGUAAGGACCGGUUCGACAUUCUGAGGUCGUUGUCAAGAAAAGACAUCCAAAUUUUGGUUGGUUUUGGGUGCCCAAGUCCAGACAAGAAGGUUGUUUUCUCUGCAAAACUCUUGAGGAAGCUCGUUCAUCUGGAUGAAGGAGACGUCUGCAGUUCCUGCAGUUUAAGAAAUUCUUGUGAAAGAGCAUAUUUGGUGACUAAUAAAGAGGAUGAGGCACGCACAAUUGAUAUCAUGCGACUUUUAUUUACUUUUGGUUUUGAUCCCGUGAAUGGAGCUGUUGUCAACGAUUCCCUUCUGAAGCGAAAAACUGUUAAAACAGUAGUUCGCAAAUUACUUCAUGAGGUUGUCAAGUUGGGUUCAGUCCCAAUAGAUCCUACUCUCACUCCUCCUGUAAUCAAAAAGCCUCCACCAAAAGUGAAGCAGCCGCCACCUCCUCCAAAGAGGCGAGUAGGACGUGAUGAUGUUGAGAUGAAAAAAGGGGAUUGGCUUUGUCCUAAGUGUGACUUCAUGAACUUUGCAAAAAAUACGGUGUGCUUACAGUGUGACGCCAAGCGUCCUAAACGGCAGCUGCUUCCAGGAGAAUGGGAAUGCCCAGAGUGCAACUUUUUAAAUUAUAGGAGAAAUAUGGCAUGUUUCCACUGUGAAUGCAAGCGACCAGCCGACACAUUAGAUAAUGAAAAGCAAGAAAAACAGCACGUUCCGUCGAGGUUAGAAAAGAUUGCUAAUAGGCAGGAGGUCUCUAAUGCCUGGAAUUUUGACUUUGAUGAUGACGAGUCAGAUGGGGCAGAUGUUGCAGCUUUUGAGUAUGCAGAUUCGUCGGUUGCAGUGGAAGGAUCUCGUUCAGAUAAUCAGGCGAGAGGAAGCAAACUUAGCUGGGAUCUCCCAGAAAGAGAGCACUCUGACACUGGAAACAGAGGUCCAGGCGUUGGAUUUGAUGACUUUCUCGAUGAGGAGGACGAUAUUGAUAGUUAUGAAGUAGAUAGCUCAGUGAAUAAUUCAGCAAGGCAGCCUCAUUCGAUUCACUUUUCUGACAUUGAAGGGCACUCAGGGUCAGAAGAUGGUGAUGACCUUGACCACAGACCUGGCGCCCGAGCUUAUAAUAAGCGUCCAAGGCGUCAACAAGCAGCUUUCUCUGGUUCUGAGGAUGAUGAACUUGAUUUUGUCUCUAAUGACGAUAUUUCUGUUCAGCAAAAUUGGAAGUCUAGUCAUCUGGCCAGUUCAAGGCAUAAAAGUAGAGGCAGUGGUUUGACAAGUCGAUCAAGGAGGGGAUUAAGCUAUGGUUCUGAUGUAGAACUCGACCUUGAUUCCGACCUUGAUGAGGAUUUAGAUGAAAGUUCUCGAUCUAGACCGAGUAAAGGAAAGGAUUUUGGCUCCAGUAGGAAGCAGUUUCAAAGGAGAGGAAGUUCUCGAAUGGAAAGCAGCCUAUCUCCUGGAUCAAAUUUUGGUGAUUUUGAUAGAGGUAUGAACAGACAAAAAUUGAGAGGAAAUCAGAGAGAAAAUAAUAGAAGGGGAAGCGAACACCGAGCACGUGGUGAUAAAUACACGAGAGGGAGUGAGUUUCAAUCUAGCAAUUUCAGGAAUGGUAGAAAGAACACAUUUCGCGACGACUUUGAUGACUUUGAUGACAAGUCCCACCGAUCUCGUGGUGCUAAUUCAAGAUUUCGUGCAAACAAUCGUGGCGGGCAAGGAACUUAUAGCUCGGGAGCUGGCAAGCCAGACUUUAGGAGUUCUAAGGAAGGUUACAAGAAACAUCGACCAGGAAGGUUUAAUGAAUACGAUACAACUGCGGAUAAGGAUUAUGGUGACUUCAAAAACAGUAGACGUGUUAUUGAAAGAUAGAGUCCAAGAGAAGCUUAAUUCGUAAUUUGGGUUCAGCUUCGAUCGUCAGUGACCCUCUGUAUACCCUCUGUAAGAGUUCUAUUCAAAAGAUUCCAUAUUCCUGUCAUUGCUAACCAAAAGAUCUCUUGUGCCAUUGCCUGUAAAAUCAAUCCUGUUUCAUUCUGAAGUGUUUCACUUCUAAAAUCACAUAUGAUCUCUAGAGAGCAAGGCAUUUGAGUUUUUGUAUUAAUUUUGGUUAUAUGAGUGGGCUCUUAAUCCCUCAUUAUCGUUUUUGAUCUGUUUGUUCUAUUUGUACUUUUGUAUUUUUUUUAAAAAUAAUACAAACCAAUCUUCAAAAUUCGAGGAUA